GUUCAGAGUUCUUCCUCGCUCUCAUCUUCCUCUUGCCAGAACCUGGUGACAAAAUGGAGAGCCACCACACCUUCCUGUACUUUGCAUACGGCAGCAACCUCCUGAAGGAGCGGCUCCAGCUCAAGAACCCCUCUGCAACAGUUCACUGUGUGGCCAGGCUCAAGGACUAUAAACUGGUGUUUGGGAACCAUAGAGGCUUGGCCAGUGACCGGUGGCAUGGAGGUGUAGCCACCAUAGAGCACAGCCUAGGUGACGAGGUGUGGGGUGUCGUCUGGAGGAUGAACAUGUCUGAUCUAGAGUCUCUAGACAGUCAGGAGAAUGUGACAUUAGGUGCGUACAGUCCUGUGGAGCUCUCAGUGAAGACAAAGGGCCAGGAGCUCAACUGUCGCACCUACAUAAUGAACAGCUGUGUGUACGCCCCGCCGUCGCCUCAGUACCUGCAGGUGAUCAGGAUGGGGGCGGAGCAGAACGGUCUGCCCAUGGACUACCAGGAGAAGCUGAGAGCGAUCAAGACCAACAUGUACGAGGGUCCGCUGCCCAUGAUGGCUGAACUGGAGAGAGCCAGGAGGAGAGCUAAAGAGAGGGCCAACCACCGCUCUGAUGCCUGAUGCUUCAGCAGAAUCUAGGUCCACGUUGUACUACAGGACAGCCCUUGUAACACUGUAUUCAUCAUAAUACUGUAGAUGAACCAGUUCACCUGAGGAGGCUGACCUUAGCUCAGCAGCCAGGUCUCUGACAGAGCCCACUGAUGGCUCUGUGGUCUGCACAGAUGAAAAUCACUGUGUCAUUUACAGAGUGGAGGUGUGAGAUCCACCAUAACUGUUGAGUGAAUAUAUAUGACCACGAGGAUCAGUACUGCAGGCUGUAACUUUCUUUUUGCUUCACUAUCGUGCCUUUAUGUUUUUAUGGCUGAGAUAUUUCAGAGCCUAUUUCCUGCUCGUAAAUCAUUAUGAGUCAUGGACAAUUACAAUAAAGGGUCAUUCCACUGUUUCUCAAA